AUGUGUGUUAUUCAUGCUUUUUAUGGUAUCCUAGGUAUUUAUGUUAUUUAUGCUAUUCAUGGUUUUUAUGGUAUUUGUAUUAUUCAUGGUUUUUAUGUUAUUUAUGUUAUUCAUGGUUUUUAUGGAAUUUUAGGUAUAUAUGUUAUUCAUGGUAUUUCAGGUAUUUAUGUUAUUUAUGCUAUUCAUGGUUUUUAUGUUAUUUAUGUUAUUCAUGGUUUUUAUGGAAUUUUAGGUAUAUAUGUUAUUCAUGGUAUUUCAGGUAUUUAUGUUAUUUAUGCUAUUCAUGGUUUUUCUGGUAUUUAUGUUAUUCGUGGUGGCUAA